GUAGAUGGAUGGUUGACUCCAGGUACGUGUAAUGAUGUAUAUCAAAACUUUAACUGACGAGUAAGCAGAGUUAAAGGUUGUAAUGGAAGAAGAUUUUACUGGUGAUGUUACUGUCGACGAGUGGAGGAAACUGUGGAAAGAUGGCAAAACAGAUUUUAUUAAUCCAGAACUUAGCCCCAUGUUUACCAAACAUGUUAACAAAAUGUUAAACAGUCGUGUAAAAGUGAAAACGCUUGUCCCCUUUUGUGGAAAAGUUGUAGAAAUGAAAUGGCUUUGGGAUAAAGGACAUGAAGUUGUCGGCGUUGAAUGUGGUAAGGAAGCAAUUAAAGAUUUUUUUGCAGAGAACAAAAUCGAUUAUAGUAUUGUAGAUGUUCCAGAAGUCAAAGGGAAAUUAUAUAAAAGUAAUGAUGGAAGAAUACGGCUGUAUUGUUGCGAUUUUUAUCUUUUUAACUCAGCUAUUGAAAGUGGUUUUGAGGCUGUUUGGGAUAGUGGUGCUCUUAAUGCCGUCAACUUGGAUGACCAGGGAAAGUAUGUUAAUAUUAUCAAAUCGCUUAUGGGACAUAAAUGCAUAAAUCUCACAGUUGCAGACGAAUUAUCGGUUACUUGUGAAAAACUCAAGAAUUGGUUCAAUGGUGGAUUCAGAGUGGUGGAAAGUGAUUUCGUGAAACCUGAUGAAAAACUAGAAUCUUUUGGCUUCACAGGGUUACAUCUAUACACUAUUUCUAAAAUAUGA